AUGGCACAAUACGCCUCUAAAACUACAUUUACCUUCCCCGGCACAACUCUUCCAACAGGCUUAACAGUCUCAACAUACCCCAUCUACGAGGACAAGGUCACCAACGGUCAAGGACCCAAAUACGAUCGAGUCUUUGAGCGUAAGAACGUCGUUGUAAGAAACGGUUUCAUGGAACUUCGUGUUCCAGGAGGACAAACCAAGAGCCCCAUCAGCUGUGCGGAAGUCGGAACCACGUUUGAAGUCCAGUAUGGAAGUAUUCGAACGUAUGCCAUUUUGGCUGAAGAGCCGGGUGUAUGCAACGGCAUGUUCUUAUACCACGAUGAGAGCAACGAGACGGACAUUGAAUGGAUUUCCGACCCUGCAUCGUUUGCCAAUAUCGAUCAACAUAAUGGAACAAGAGCGAUGCUGUACACUAACCAGGGACCAAAUGGGAAUGAAGAUGCAACGACUGUUUCUGGUAUCGCGGCGAGCGAUGCUACGUCAAAGGUGCAUGAGUAUCGACUCGAUUGGACUCCCAGCGAAACGAGAUAUUAUCUUGAUGGCAAGCUUCAGCAAACGAUCAAAAAGAAUGUUCCCAAGGUCGGAGGCCAAUGGCUUUGGAACAACUGGGUGAACGGAGAUCCUUACUUCACCGCCGGACCACCCAAGAAAGAUGCAGUAUUCAAAAUUCAGAAGAUUGUGAUGGAGUACAACUCCAAAUAA